UUGAGGCGUCGCCCACCCUGUGGUUUUCCUUCGCUCUCACGAUCACAUCCCCCCUUCCCACGAUUCUCUCUCUCUCGAAAAAGAAAGGAAAAAAAAAGGGAGAUACCGAGAGAAAACCAAAACAAAACUCGAUUUCUCACCUCCUGUUCCUAUCUUUUUUUGGAUUUCGAUCCGGGAGUUCGUCUCCAGAGCUUCUCCUCAGAAGAUCGCUAGCUUUUUCGAUUCCAUUUGGCCUCCAUUUUGAUGUAAAAAUCAUUUUUUUUGGGCUGUGAAUGGAAGAAAAGGUACUGGGGAGGAGACGGUGAGCACGGCGGAGAGGCGAGAGGAGGAAGAAGGAUGCUAUAUUUGAAGCAGCCGAGGGGGAAUCUGGGGGUCUGGCGGCCGGCGACGGCGUCGUGAUCUCGGGGGGAUUUGGAUGUGCGAGUGAUCUGGCCCGAGCCUACGGCUCGGGAUCCGGACGGGAUGGCAGACGGGGAACGGGCUCGGAUUGCCGACAAGCCCGAUGCCGGGAGCUGCUAUCUCCAGAAAUUUAGGCUCUACGAGACUCGAUCGAAAUUUUACAUGAUCGGAAGAGACAAAAGUAGAACAUUGUGGAAAGUGUUGAAGAUCGAUAGAUUGGAGUCUUCACAGCUGAACAUCCGUGAGGACUCCACCACAUACUCGGAAAGUGAAUGUCAGGACCUAUUGAGGCGAGUACAUGAAGGAAACAGAGCCACUGGUGGACUAAGAUUUGUCACCAAUUGCUAUGGCAUUGUUGGUUUUAUUAAAUUCCUAGGGCCAUAUUACAUGUUGCUUAUUACCAAAAGAAGGCCAAUUGGUGUCAUAUGUGGCCAUACAGUGUAUGCUGUCACCAAGAGUGAAAUGAUUGCACUUCCAAAUUCUACUGUACGACCCGAUAUGGAUAAUUCUAAGAUUGAGAACAGAUACAAGAAGCUCCUAUCUGCAGUGGAUCUCACAAAAGAUUUCUUUUUCAGCUACUCAUACCAUAUUAUGUGUAGCCUUCAAAAGAACUUAUAUGAUAGUCAGACAGGGCAGAUAUUAUAUGAAACAAUGUUUGUUUGGAAUGAGUUUUUGACACGCGGAAUACGAUGCCAUCUCAAAAAUACUCGUUGGACAGUUGCGCUGGUCUAUGGGUUCUUUAAGCAAGCCAAACUCUCAAUAUCUGGAAAGAAUUUCAGGUUGACACUCAUUGCUAGGCGUUCACGACAUUAUGCUGGCACCAGGUACCUCAAGCGUGGUGUUAAUGAGAAAGGUAGAGUGGCAAAUGAUGUUGAGACAGAACAAAUAGUGUUUGAAGACACUCCUGGAGGAAUUCCAACUGAAAUCUGUUCUGUUGUCCAGAAUAGGGGUUCCAUACCCCUUUUUUGGUCCCAGGAAACCUCGCGACUGAACCUUAAGCCUGAUAUUAUCUUGCACAAAAAGGACAAAAAUUAUGAAGCUACUCGGCUUCAUUUCGAGAAUUUGGUAAAAAGAUAUGGAAACCCAAUCAUUAUUUUGAACCUGAUCAAGUCAUGCGAGAAGAGACCUCGAGAAUCUAUACUUCGAGCAGAAUUUGCUAAUGCAAUUGAUGCUAUAAAUAAAGAUCUUGCAGAGGAAAAUCGUUUGAGAUUCUUACAUUGGGAUCUUCAUAAACAUUCUCGGAGCAGCAAAGCUACAAAUGUGCUUGUGUUGUUGGGAAAAGUGGCAGCUUAUGCCUUGAAUUUAACAGGCUUCUUUUGCUGUCAAGUGACACCAGCUUUAAGGCUUGAGGGUGCUCUAAAAUUGCCUAUACCUUUGAAGGAUGAUAUUGGUCACUGCUCAUGUAAUAACCACGAUAGCAGCAGCAACAACAACAACAAAAACCAUAACAGCAAUGGUGCUGGUAUCUCGGGAGGUGUAUCCCAGGAAAUUAAUGCCUGUUGCUUUGAUACCUCGGGACAUUCAACAGCAGAGGAUAGAGUUGGAAGUAGUGAAAACUGCUUGGUUAAGCGACCUAUGUUUCAAAAAGGUGUCCUACGAACAAAUUGCAUAGACUGCUUGGAUCGCACUAAUGUUGCACAAUAUGCCUGUGGUUUAGCUGCUCUCGGGCAUCAACUUCAUGCCUUGGGCUUUAUAGAUGUUCCCAAAAUUGAUCUAGAUGCUCCUCUGGCUGAUGAUUUAAUGAACUUUUAUGAGACAAUGGGAGACACACUUGCUCUACAAUAUGGUGGUUCUGCUGCUCACCACAAGAUAUUCUCUGAGAGAAGAGGUCAAUGGAAGGCAGCAACUCAGUCUCAAGAGUUCUUUAGAACACUUCAAAGAUAUUACAGCAAUGCCUAUAUGGAUGCUGAAAAACAAGAUGCAAUAAACUUAUUCUUGGGCCACUUCCAACCUCAACAGGGUAAACCAGCACUGUGGGAGCUGGACUCUGAUCAGCAUUGCAAUGUAGGGAAACAUAGUUAUGCUUUUGCUGAGGAAAAUGGAAGGUCAUUUUUCAAACGAUCCCUAUCAGAUGGCAACAUUCUGCAUGAAAGCAAUGCACCCCUCAGCUGUAAUGUAGGUAGGAACAAGCUCCCUAACUCAGCUUUGUCUGACAGAAACCAUCGACUAGGAGAUGCCAAGGAUCUGUCUGAUUCAACACCAGAAAUUUCAACCUCUGAAAGCGAUGUAUCAUAUUCCAGGCACACUCCUACAAUGUCUCGCAGACAGCUUUUUGCAGAUAGUGAGCAUAGUUAUUUCUAUGAAAAUGGGGAUUCAAAUUUCCUGGACCUUGAUUGGCUUUCAUCUUCUGGGAAUUCAUGCGAGGAAGAAAUUUAUGAAAGGUCCACAGUGAUGAACUUUUCAACUGAAAAUCUUUCCACUGAAAAUGUCAUCAAUGGCAUAGCUUCUGAGACAACACUGCCUUUAAGUGAGUACGGGUCGGGCAUAAAGCGAAAGCAGACAACCGAGAUGCAAAUGGCAUAUGAAGCUGGCCAAAAUUCUGAUAUUCUCAGUGAGUUUUCUGAGAGCUUCGUGCAGUGGGUUAUUCAUGGAGAGGCUCUAUGUCAUUGAUGCAGAAAAUUUUAGAUAAUUCAUCGAUGCCCCGUCUGACCUCAGGUCCAGGGAUGUCGGUCCCCUCAAAAUUUAACAUCAUUGAGAAAGAGGAGAAAAAUUACAUAAUGGUGGGGACAGACAUUCAUUUGUAACAUACCCCCUUCCCUAAUACACCCCCCUUCUGCGCCUUGUACAAUUGUGUUGAUUUGGUUAAAGUGCUAUCCUCGGUCAUAGUCUGGUAGAAGUAUGAGUAGUACAUAGAUAUAAUUCUUUUGAAUCUCUGUUUCAUUUGUUUUAACCUUAAGUUGCCAUCAUGUAAAUAUUCACUUACAUUUGGCUCCCUUGAGCUCAACAUUUACAGCAGCAAUUUUUUCCUGUUCUCAA